GGAAGUUUGAAGGAGGAAUAUUUAAAGGAAGAGCUGCCCAUUUCAAAAACGCCGCCAGAAUUCGUUGGUAAGCUGCGACCUUUAAAAGAGGAAACAGAGAUUUUGAGAGAGAAAGAGAGAAACGAGAAUCUCGCCUGGUCGUGGGCUUCGAGCAAAAGGGAAGCGUGAUCCUUUUAGCUAGAGUUUUCCUGGAUUUCGGUUUUCAUUUUUCUGUCGUCGGAUACCCUGUUUGAAUUUCUGGAUAUAUCGGUUUCUUAAAAAUUCGUCUUUUUCCCGCUCGGAAGAGAUGCUUCAGACUCGGGAAACCAGUCAGGAGUUCUUUAAAUCGUGGAAUUUUUUUGCAUCCCCUGCAGAAAAAAACGGCGGCAUAUUCUCUCUAACGAUGAAAGUAACAUUUGUGGUUUUCCUCCUCGCUUCAACAUCUCUCGUCUUCUAUUCUGCAUUCUCCAGCCAAUCCCGAUGGCUGAGAUUCUCUCGAUGCGAAGGCGGAGUUAACAACCCCGGUGACCAGAGUGAAACCGUCCGUCGUAUUUCCGCCGGUGGCGAUUACGGGAGGACGAACGUAUCCCACAUCCUGUUUGGUAUCGGAGGCUCAGCAAAGACAUGGAAGGACCGCCGGCAUUACAGCGAGUUAUGGUGGAAACCAAACAUCACUCGUGGGUUCGUCUGGCUGGACGAGAAACCCGACGAGAAAGAGCCCUGGCCAGAAAAUUCACCGCCGUAUCGAGUUUCAGAGGACUCGUCAAGGUUCAAGUACACCAGUCGGUACGGCUCCCGGUCCGCAGUUCGUAUUGCUCGAAUCGUAUUGGAGAGCUUCCGACUGGGGUUAGAGAAUGUGAGGUGGUUCGUGAUGGGAGACGAUGAUACGGUGUUAUUCGUAGAGACUUUAGUAUCGGUCCUAUCGAAGUACGAUCACAAUCAGAUGUAUUAUAUCGGGGGAAACUCAGAAAGCGUAGAACAAGAUGUUAUACACUCGUACGGUAUGGCUUUUGGAGGUGGUGGAUUCGCCAUCAGUUACCCGCUCGCUGCCGAGCUUGUUAAGGUGCUGGACGAGUGUAUUGAUCGGUACGCAUCUCUCUACGGUUCUGAUCAGAAGAUCCAGGCAUGCUUGAGCGAGAUCGGGGUCCCCGUCACCAAGGAACUUGGUUUCCAUCAGGUCGAUAUUCGCGGAGAUCCAUACGGUCUAUUAGCGUCACAUCCGGUGGCGCCGUUGGUGUCGCUCCACCACCUCGGCUACGUGAAGCCCUUGUUCCCAAACCAGACUCAGCUGGAAUCGCUAAGAUCGUUAUUUGGGGCGUACAAGGCGGACCCCGGUCGAACCCUGCAGCAGAGCUUCUGUUACGAUCUCGACCGGAACUGGUCUGUCUCCGUUUCUUGGGGCUACACCGCCCAGAUAUACCCUUACUUGUUGACGGCCAAGGAGCUGGAGACCGCACUGCAAACGUUUCGGACAUGGAGGAGCUGGAGUAACGAGCCAUUCACUUUCAACACUAGGCCCUUGAGUGCUCGACCAUGUGAAAGGCCGCUCAUUUACUUCUUGGACCGGGUCAAUGAUCAAGUAGGGCCGGGCCAGACUCUGACGUCUUAUAAGAGGUUCGUGGAAGAUCCCGGCAAAGUUUGUAACCAGUCUUACUACGACGCUGCGUUGACUGUACGCUCCGUGAACGUCUCUGCCUCGAUAUUUGAGACUGACGAAUGGAAGAAGGCACCACGUAGACAAUGUUGCGAGAUAACCCAUGCACAUGGAGUGGAUAGCGUUGUUCAGAUCAGAAUCAGAAGCUGUAAACCCCGGGAAUCCGUUACUCCGCCUUAGAGAGAGAACCCACAGGCCACAUUGCUUCUCCUUCAUCUCCGUGUAAAUAUUUGUUUAUUCUAUUUAUUAAA